ACAAGUGAUGGUUUACAGUUAUAGUCAGUCCGGAUCGGGCGUUCGGUGAGGUGAGAUCGCUUCGUGUCAAGCGUAGACCUCUCUCUUUCCACACAAUUGAUCCCCGAUUUGUCGAGCCGGUGUAUCAAACGCGACUAUUCGCAUCACGGAUUUUAUCGAGACCGUAGUAGACUUUAGAGAGAGUUCGAGAGUGAAGUGUCGUCGUUCCAACCUCGUUUCCAACCGGUUUUCCAUUUGGCCAAGGCUUGAGGUUUUCUUUCGAUCCUUGGGAUUGUUCGCUCUUCCAUUCGAAGAUAUCCAGCGCGCGACUUGUCUUGCACGAACGAGAUUCUUCUGGCCCGACUAUAUCCGAAAACCUGGUGGAACUUGACGAAAUAGAAUCGAGCACAAUUAACGAUAGAGAGCACUCUUCCUCCGCCGGCGAUCGAAGGUAAUUUGAUCGGGCGCCUUCGAGAUCCAGCUGGGAAUCCCCGAAAGAAACUCAGAAGCGCGAGUUAUUGAUCAACUCUGGCCAACGCUAGACAAAGAGAGAAAGAAAGAGAGAGAGAGAGGGAGAGGGAGUGAGAGGAGAUCGUGCACGACGGGUGAGCUGUAAGUGACGGGGAAGGGAGGAGUAAACUUGUGAAGCGGAGAGGGGAUAAAAGUGUCGUGUGCGGAUAUAUAUAAAAAAAAAAAAAAAAGAAAAAAAGAAAAAACAAAAAAAACCGUGAAAUCAAGAGAAAAAGAGGAAAUUGAUCGUGACACAGGAAGGAAGAAGAAAAUUUCGAGAGAGAAGAUAAUCGACAUAGCGUACAAUAGUUGGGCAGUGACGAAAGUGUCGAAUGUUUUUCGUGUCGGGGAGAACGUUGCACGGAGAUCGGAUGUAUAAUUGAAGAAAGGAAGAACGAAGUUUUUGGGUUCCUUUCCUUCCAUGGACAAGCGCGGUAGAAGAUAAUCGAGCGCACCUCGAGCCAGGACCGCCGACAUCCAAGGGGGUCCAACGCGUUACUUUCCUUGGGAUAAUGCGAAGCCUGGAGAGGUUAUCGGGUAGCGAUCAAGACUGUGAUCAGGAGAUGUAUAUCGACCUGGACGACGCUUCCGUCGACUCGCUUACCGGAAAACGAAGUCGCCAUCAUGUCGUUGGCGCGGAGGUGGGCGAGGAGAGCGACAGCAGCGGGAGCGAAAGAAGCCCUAAACAGGCUAAAAGAAGGAAUCGUGGUGGUCCACCGACGACGAGGAGGCGAAAAAGCGGGAUCUCUGCGCGGGAAAGGAACCUGAGGAGGCUCGAGAGCAACGAGAGAGAAAGAAUGAGAAUGCAUUCCCUAAACGACGCUUUCGAGCAACUACGCGAGGUGAUACCGCACGUAAAGAUGGAGAGGAAACUCAGCAAAAUAGAGACGCUCACGUUGGCCAAGAAUUACAUAAUGGCCCUGACAAACGUCAUAUGCGAAAUGCGUGGGGAGGAGCAACCGUACACAUUCGUCGAUGGCGAGUGUGGCUCCAGCAGUGGCGACAGCACAGGCCAAUUAGAAUUAAGCGGCGGUGAGCAACCGGAAGAGGCAUCACCAGCAUCGAUGCACGAAACCAACAAUAAUAGUCUGCUCCACGAAGAUUUAGAGCGUAGGAUACCAUAGCUGGUCUAAUUGCGCCCUCUACUCUGAUCGAUCCUCUGUUGAUAAAUCCCAAUUCGAAGAAGCGUGAACUUCAUUCGAGAACCGUCUUCCCGAAACGAAAAAUAAAAUAAACAGAAGAAUCAGCUACUGAUUAAAUUUAUGGAAAAAAAUGAAGGAGAGAGAGAGAGAGAGAGAGAAAAAAAAGAGAGAAAUAACAAUGACAAGAGAAAAAAAAUAAAAAAGAGAAUAGAAAACUUCAUCGAACUUAAGAAGGAGAAAUGAGAAGCUGAACAGAGAAUCAUCGUUGUCGAAAUGGUCGUUAAAAUAGCCACUUGAGAUUUAUUGAAGAAGAUGCAAUUCGGCUUUUACGAAAUGAUCCGUCCCAAGGUCGACCUCUGGAGAUCUUUCGAAGGCCAACAAGGUGCGAGGUUGACAGAGAAAGAGAAAAAGACUGACUUUACGGCCAAUUCGACUGGAGAAUUCUCUGCUUCUUUUUUUUUUUUUUUUUUUUUUUUUUUUUUUUUUCUUUUCAUCUCUGUCGCGAAUUAUAUUUUUUUCUUCUCCUUUUUUCCGAUGAUAUCGUUACCUUGAAACACCUCGAAUGUUUCGAUUACAUAGUCGGACACCGAUAUAAAAUGGCUCACACACAUAUCGAUUGUCGCGAAUUCGUAUUUUAAGUGUAUUAGUCAUGUGCCAAAGGUAUUCGAACAGAAAUUGGAAAUAAUGAUAUAUCGGCGGGGAUAACUCGGUCGAUAAAGAAGCGAUCGAAACUAUUAAUUACAAAAACUCGCAAUUGCGUUCGAACGAUUUUUUUUCGAAAAGAAGAUGAUAAUCGAAGAAAGAAGAUUCUCGUAAUGGAUUGGCCAAAAUUUGAAGCAUCUCGAGGUCGACGACGUAAAGUCGGAUCGCAUUGACAACGAUAAAUAAAUGAUCAGUGUGCGACUCGAUGAUGAAAACAAAGUGUGUGAGAAACUGUGAUAGAAUUUCGUAUUAAAACCUCGUUGCACGUUGUCCCGCGCGUGACAUCGUGCUUAAAUACUUUUAUUUUUUUUUUUUUUUUUUUUUUUUUCUUUCUUUGUGGUAAUUGUCUUACGGUCUGCAAAUUGGACAGGAAACAAUGGGAAUGCUCGUCAGGCCGUCAGGAAAUGGUCGUCUCCGAAAUGAGAUGACCGAUUGAGAUGAAACGACACGACAAUCGCUGUUCCAACAACGUAGAACGACAACGAGAAAAAAUUAUGGAAAUCAUUGCAGCGAAGAAAUUAUCUCGUUUUAACGCGAUUUAAACAUCAAACGGAAUGCAAAAGUUGAAAAUUAUUGUUUGAUUUAAAAUAAUCUACAAAAAAAAUUUAACGUUUAAAUAAAAUAAAGUGAAAGAAAUGCCAAUGUCUUGUGAUAAUGCAUUGACAAAUUACAGAUUAUAGGUUAGAAACUUUUUUUACUAAGAAUUUUAUAAUUUCUUCAUGUAUACAUGAAAAUAUUUUCUUAUCUCAUAUUAAGUAAAAGUAUAAAGGCCUGAUAAAGUAUAUACUAUACAAAUAUUAU